UUAUCGAGAGGGAAAAUCGGCGGCUGUCGGCGCACAGCUCGCUCGCGUUCCGCGCCGGCGGCUGGGGCUCCUCGUCCGCCCGUGGCCAUGGGGCUGCAGCCCCGGCGCGCCGCGGGGCCCUGCCCGCCCGCGGGGAGAAGCGCCGCCCUGCCCGGAGCACGCUCCGCUCCUCCCUGGGCCCGCAGCGACGAGCCGGAGGGAACUCCCGGGCGUCCCGCCGCGCUGCCGCCCCUGCUGCCGGCUAUCCUGCCGACCCCCUCCGCUUCCCCCGCUGCCGCCCGGGCGCAGCCCAAGAAGCCGCCGGCCGCCGCCUCGGCCCCCAAGAAGGCAGCGCCUCGACCCGCAGAGGAGAAGGCGGCGAGGAAGGCGCGGGGGGCGCCCCCGGAGCGGCCGGGGCCCCUCUCCAGCUCCUGGCCCUGCUCGUCCCUGCAGCGGCCGCCGCCGCGGAGAGCGCCGGCCGAGCGGGCGGCGCGGCCCCAGCCCACCCCGCCGCAGCCGCGGGGCCGCCCGGGGGCGCCGGGCGCGGGCAGCCGCUCCUGCGAGAGCCUCGGCGGGGCGCCGGGGGAGGCGGCGGGGCGCUUCUCGCUCAGCCUGCCCCCGGAGGCCAUCCGGGUGCUGCAGCGCCGCAGCCUGGAGCGGCAGCGGGGGCAGCCCGCACCCUCCCCCGCCGGCAGAGCCGCCCCGGCCCGGCGCGGCGACCUGCGCGCUCUGCUGAAGGUUUCGCUGCUCAACGACCGGCACCGCUACGACGACGAGGAGUACGAGGAGGAGGAGGCGGGGGCCGCGGCGGACGAGGGGCUAGUGCGGAAAUGCACCGAGUGGCUGCGCGGCGUGGAGAGCGCGGCCGGCCGCGACCACCCCGAGCGGCUGGAGACGCUGCCGCACCUGGGCACCCUCUGAGCGCCGCCGGCACCGGGCAGCGUCGGACCGGGGGGAGCUGGGGCCGCCAGCCGCGAUGUCGUGUUCCGUGGGGUGUUGUCGGCCCCCUGGCAGCCCGGGCGGGUAGCGGCAGGGGCCGGGCAGCGGAGCUCUUGGCCCGGAGCCGAUCCUCGGGGCGCCGCCGCCGCCGGGGCGAGGGACAAAGGAGCGGCGCCGGCCUCCGCCCGCCGGUGCCCGGGUGCUGGGAGGGAGGGCACAGGCUGUGGGCGUCCUGCCUCCACCCUCGCGGUUUUUUUAAAGAUUUCCGACUACUUUAUAAAAUGUGCGUCAUGGUUUUGUAUAUUUGUACAUAAAAGUUCAUUUUUAUUUAUUUGAAUAAAGGACUCUUGUGUUGCGGUA